UCUUAACCACCCAUCCUUAUUCCACUCCACUAGAAGAGGUACCCAAAUUAGUAGCAUCUCCCCUUUGAUUUUUCAAUCCAUUUCUUUUCUCUCUACCUCUCCCUCUUCACUCUAACCCUCAAAAGAGAAAUUAAAUCUCUUUAUAUUUCCUUCCUUGCUGCUUGCUUGUUCUUUAUUUUUUUUCUCUCUGGUUUAAGUAUCAUCUUUCAAAGAGAAAAUAGUGGAGAGCCAAGCCAUGGCUACCUGUGGAAGCCUUCAAAACAUCUUUGAAAAACCAUUACCAGAAAGCCCAACUCUGCUUGAAUCCCUCUCAUCAUGGAACCAAAUCAAGCCUGCUAUUAAACCUAUUGAGCAAUCUUCUUUCACUGAAAUCUUUGGUGAGCUUCAUUUCAAGGAAAAUUCUCGAUCAUCCUCAGCCUGUUCCUUUCCCAUUUCACCAUUUUCUUCUGCACCUAUAAUAGAUUUGGAUCCCCAAAACAGUACAUUCAAGCUCUCCAGGAACGAUUCUUUCCGUGAAAAUGAUGAAAACGAUAGAUGUUCAUCACCCCCAGAGUUUAUUUCAAGCACCCCAAAGAUCAUCAAGUACAGUACCAGUAAUUGCCACAAGAAGAGCGAAAGCUUUUCAUUGAACUCUGAGAGCCUGCAUCUAUGCACUGAGGGACUUGGUUUUGAGAGCUCUGAUGAAGUGGAGGAUAUGAAAAAUGAGAUGAAAGAAGACUGGCAAAGCAAAGAGCAGAAAACAAGUAGUAUUAUUGCUACAAAUAAGCAAACAACAACAGAGAAUUUGUAUGGUGAAUUCAAGAGGUCAAGAGUAAGUAAUGUAGGAGAAUUUCCACCACCAAUUUCUUGUAUUGGGAAGAGUGGGAAGCCAUGGGUUUGCUUUAAGUCUUACAGGGAAGACGGUAGGUUUGUGCUGAAAGAGGUAAGGAUCCCAACACAGGAAUUCUUGCAUGCAUUUAGGGAAGAUGGGCGCUUGAAGCUGCACUUUGUGCAGCCAAAUGAUGAAAUGUUCUUGGAAGAGGAAGAGUUUGAGGAAGAUGAUGAAGUAGAAUAUCUAGAAGAAGGAAUCAAUGAUGACAUCGAUGAAGGUAAAGAGAAAUGGCAAGCCUGAUAACAGUCAGAAAAUGAAGUUUAUUUAGCCAAAUUGCAAUAUGAAAAAAAAUGU